AACAUUUAUUGCUGGCGCUGCGCGUGACACAAUCGCAGUAGGGAAAACGCACGAGAGAGACACAACAGCCACCCGAGGACCAUUUACAGAGCAGAUUUCUGUUUGAUAACCACGUGUAAGAGUCCACAGCGGGAUCAUUUCAACGAAAUCCCAGAACAGACCAGCCGAGGAAGAUGGGUUUAGUCCCUGCCGUAUCUGUGCUCAUUUUGGCCAUCGCGGUUCCGAGCCUGGCCGGUUACAUUGAGGCACUGGCAGCCAAUGCAGGUACCGGAUUUGCCGUCGCAGAGCCUCAGGUAGCCAUGUUCUGCGGUAAACUUAAUAUGCACAUCAACAUCCAGACUGGCCGAUGGGAGCCGGACCCUUCCGGAUUAAAGACCUGUGUUGGAACUAAAGAGGGAGUGCUGCAGUACUGUCAGGAGAUGUAUCCUGAGCUGCAAAUUACAAAUGUGGUGGAAGCCAACCAGCCGGUCAAGAUCGAGAACUGGUGCAAGACAGACAAGAAACAUUGCAAGGGACACGCCCACAUUGUGGUCCCCUACAAGUGCUUGGUUGGGGAAUUUGUGAGUGAUGUCCUCCUGGUACCAGAGAAGUGUCAGUUCUACCAUAAGGAGCGUAUGGACAUGUGCGUGAGUCACCAGCAGUGGCACGGUGUAGCCAAAGAGGCCUGCUCUAAAGGGAACAUGAUGCUUCACAGCUAUGGCAUGUUGCUGCCCUGUGGCAUCGAUAAGUUCCAUGGCACGGAGUAUGUCUGCUGCCCAUCUACCCACCCUGAGGGACCCAUGCCCCCUGCCUCACCCUCUAAAGAGGUAGAUGAUGAAGACGAAGGUGAGGAUGAGGAGGUAGACGAGCCUGUCGUUGAUGAAGACGAAGAUGAUAAUGAUGAAGCAGUAGAAGUGAGUCCUGCUGCCAAUGAGCCAGCCACUCCGGAGGAGACAGCUGAAGAAGAGGAGGAGGAUGAUGGAGAUGAGGAGGACUAUCACUAUGUGUAUGAAGAUGAAGAUGAGGACAAAGACAGUGAAGAGAAAGAUGUGAAGAAGAAAGAAAAGUCAUCUGUCCCUGAGAGCCAGGAUGAGGAGAAAACUCUGCAGGAGGUGGAAGCGGUGUGUUCUCUGGAGGCGGAGACCGGCCCCUGCCGUGCCUCUAUGCCUCGCUGGCACUUCGACAUCCAGCAGAGAAAGUGUGUGCGCUUCAUCUACGGAGGCUGUGCUGGCAACCGCAACAAUUUCGACUCCGAGGAGUACUGCAUGGCCGUGUGCAGACGUUUGACUGUGCCUCCCACCCCUCAACCCACAGAUGAUGUGGAUGUUUACUUCGAGACCCCAGCUGACGAUAAAGAGCACAGCCGCUUUCAGAAGGCCAAGGAACAACUUGAGAUCAGACACCGCAACCGCAUGGAGAGGGUGAGGAAAGAGUGGGAGGAGGCCGAGAGCCAGGCCAGGAACCUGCCCAAAGCCGAGAGACAGACACUGAUCCAGCACUUCCAGGCAAUGGUGGAGUCCCUGGAGGAGGAGGCAGCCAGCGAGAAACAGCAGCUGGUGGAGACCCACCUCGCUCGGGUGGAGGCCAUGCUGAACGAUCGCCGCCGUCUUGCCUUGGAGAACUACUUGGCCGCCCUGCAGGCUGACCCACCAAGGCCCCACCGUAUCCUGCAGUCUCUGAAGAGGUAUGUGCGUGCCGAGAAUAAGGAUCGUCAGCACACCAUCCGACACUAUCAGCACGUCCUGGCUGUGGACCCAGAAAAGGCGGCCCAGAUGAAGUCCCAAGUGAUGACCCACCUGCGGGUGAUUGAGGAACGGAUGAACCAGAGCCUGUCUCUGCUCUACAAGGUGCCUUACGUUGCAGAGGAGAUCCAGGAUGAGAUCGAUGAGCUUCUCCAGGAUCAAAAGGCAAAUAUGGAUCAGUUCCUGUCCUCCAUCUCAGAGUCUCAGCCUGAUGUCACCGUGUCCUCUGAGGAGAGCGUGGAGGUCCCUGCCUUUGAAGGAAAGCCCUUCCGCCCCUUCCAGGUCAACUCUCUGGGCUCACACCCUGAACCCGAGGGCGAUCUCUCUGAACCCCCUCGCGCCUUCAAGAAAGGCUCUGGCAUGAACAGUCUGGAUGGUUUGAUCGGAGCAGAGGAAAAAAUCAUCAAUAGCAAGGGCAAGAUCAACGAGAACGUGGUAAUUGAUGAAACUCUGGAUGUUAAGGAAGUGAUUUAUAAUGGUGUUGAUCCUCUGUUCAGUCGUGGAUCAGAGCAGGAAACGUUCCGCCCCCUGGUGGAUGACUUCAGCUUUGGAAGCAGUGCUCUGAUUGGCUUGUUGGUGAUUGCGGUGGCCAUAGCAACUGUGAUUGUGAUCAGUCUUGUGCUGCUGAGGAAGAGGCAGUAUGGGACCAUCAGUCACGGCAUUGUGGAGGUUGACCCUAUGCUAACUCCAGAGGAGCGUCACCUGAACAAGAUGCAGAAUCAUGGAUAUGAGAACCCCACCUACAAAUAUCUGGAGCAAAUGCAGAUUUAGCCAUCGGGUGUGGAGAUGGAGAGGGGCGAACAUACUACUGACCAAUUAUAAAACUGCUCUCUUGAAAUAAUUUCAUGCAUUUGAAAUGCACAUUCUGGUUAAUUUAGUGAAAACAAAAAAAACGGUUGAAUAAUCUACUACUUCUAAUACUGCUACUGUUGUUCAAUGGAGCUCAGUUUUGUUCUUUUUAUAAGGUCAAUUUGUGUUAAAAAUGUUUUUAAAUAAGGAGAAUGUGAUUUCGCAAAUUAGCUUGGAAAUGAUUUUCCGUACAAUUAGAACAUAUAAUGUUUUAACUUUUACAUUUUCCUUUUAAAGCUCAUAUCAAGUUAUUGUUGUACAGCAAAGCCAAAACAAUCAAUAUAACAGAGACAUUAAUUUCUCUACACUGUUGCUGGCUGUCGGAAAUACUUUUUUUUUUUUUUUUCUCAAUAGAUUGCUUGUAUAUGAAGGUUAUUUGUAACAAUUUAAAUGUAUAGCGAAUCACAAAAUAUAAAAAUAAAUCAUAAAUUCAUUUACUAUGUAAUUAUUAAAAACAUGAAAUGCAUAAAUAGGCAAAGCAGAUGGUAAAAUUUAUUUAUAGUCUUUUUUCUUUUUUCUAGAGCUUAAAUUUUGGCUGGGUUUCAAGUUUAAACUUUGAGAUUAAAGGACUGAUAUUCCUGGUCCAGACAUCUGAUACCAUCACCCGUGUUAGACAUGAUGAAUGAUUAAGUAGAAUGGCGUGACAAUCUGCUCCAUCUUUUGGCUGAUUGUGGAUGUUUAGUUGUAGAGGUGCCCUAUUUGUUUUCAGAAUGAACAGUUACAUUGCUACAUAAUCUAUGAUUUUGGUUUUAUCUUUUGGUUAUGGUGUCAUAUACUUGGACCAAUAAAACAGUGUAGCCCCUGCAGAAGAUCAUGGUUGAUUGGUUUAAAGUGGAGAGGGCCACAAGGUUAGGGGCCUCCAGCCUCCCAUAUCACACUCCAACAUCUCUAACUCUGAUUCAACAUAAUGAAUGUUAAUUUUCCUGCUGUUACGUCCACUCACCCUUUUUAUAAGAGUAGAUCUGACCCUUAUAAAGUGUUUGCAUUCAGCUUGGGCUCAAUUUACACAUAAUUAAACAGCAUUUUCAUGUCGUAGCUACAUAAUGACGACAACUACUACG